UCUCUGGCGGUUUUAACUCCGGUUUUGUCUGAUGUGACAGCUGACUCAGCAUGGGACCCACGUGUGCCCCACGCGUCAGCCUCUUCUUCCCCCUCCCCUCUCCACCUCUCUUCCUCUCUCUCCUCUUUUCUUCACGGACGCCGGUGGGGGAGCAGCUGCACGGCCGGCAGGCGGCGGGGUGAGGAGCCGCGCGCGUCCUUCUCCGGCGCGGUGUUCAACCUGUCCACCACCAUCAUCGGCGCGGGCAUCAUGGCGCUCCCGGCCACCAUGAAGGUGCUCAGUCUCGUGCCGGGCCUCAUCCUGGUGAUGCUCGCCGCAGUGCUCACGGACGCCUCCAUCGAGCUCCUCGUCUGGUUCAGCCGCGCUGUGGGCGCCACCUCGUACGGCGAGGCCAUGGGCGACGCCUUCGGUGCUUUCGGCAGGGGGAUCCUCUAGCUCUGCGUCAUCGUCAACAACGUCGGCGUGAUGGUCAGCUUCACUGAACAUUUCGUUGUGACUCUAAUGGCUUGUGUUCUUUUUCCCUGGGAUGAGUUCAGAUCCACUGAAAUACACGCCGGCCGUGUCGGUUGCUCUGGCCGUCGUGUUCGUGGUGAUCACUGUCGGAAUCGCCACCAUCAAGCUGAUGAAAGGGCAGAUUCCGAUGCCUAAGCUGUUCCCUGAUGUUCAUGACUGGAGCUCCACCUGGAGACUUCCCACUGCAGCUCCAGUUCUUGCCAAUAGUGCGGGCGUCACUGCUACUCGGCUUGGUCGUGUACACCACCACCAGCUUCUUCGGCUUCCUCCUCUUCGGCGAGGCGACGCUGGACGACAUGCUCGUCUUCCCCAUCGUGUUCCGCGCGCUGCGAUUCAACAUGGACGGCCUCCUCUUCCCCUCAGCGAGGCCCUUCUCCUGCGACAACCGGAGGUUCGGCGCGAUCACGGCGGAGCUCCUCACGGUCAUCUUCCUCGCCGCCAACUUCGUCCCCAACAUCUGGGACGCGUUCCAGUUCACUGGGAGUAGCUGCACGGGCGACGACGUCGACUGCGGAGGCGGUGGCGACAGCUGCCUCACGGCCGUAAUCCUUGUGGCGGCAGCCGUGUCUCCGAUGAGGCCGCGCUCCUCCAGCGCGAGCUCGACGCCGGUGGCGGGGAAGAAGGAGAAAACGGCGACGCGGUGGUGCUCGCAAUCCACCGCGCCCCGAUGUGAAAAGGCUGCGGCGGGUCACGGAAUGCCGCCGCCAGCGCCGCCAGCCCGCCACCACCAACGCCCAACUCUGUCUGGGCCAUCGCUGGCGACGUGACCCCCCUAGCCCCACCACCAGUGGCUCUUGCCCCUGCUUCGGCCGGCCGGCAUGACCGGCGAAUUAGAAGAGAAUUGGAGAGAGAGAGAGAGAGAGAGGACGGGAGAGAGAUGACGUGUCAUCAUGUCAUGUGGGGCCCACGUGGGUCCCACGCUGACUCAGCCGUCACGUAGGAUAAAACCGGUCUCAAAACCACCGAAAGCUCUAUUAUAACUAGUUUUGAUUAGUUAAGAGACGUCAUAUAUCUGAUUUUGCAGUUGAGAGAUGAUUUUGUAACUCGAUGACAAGUUGAGGGACCUUCUGUGUACUUUUUCCUUUAGCUAACACACACGCACGGAAGAUGGAACGGUGGGAAAACACAAGUACCAGUACUCCCUCCGUCUCAAAAAAAAAUAAACGCUGGGUUUCCAUAUCUAAUGUUUGACUGUCCAUAUUAUUUGAAAAAUUAUGAAAAAAAAUUAAAAAGAUAA